GAAAUUUUACGUAUAGCUCUUGUGAAACACAUUCCUAAGUUCAGCUAAGAUUUUAGAACAGUGAGUGUUCCCUCCAGCUCAAACUGCAUAAAUUCCCAAGUCUUUGUUCUUAGUACCAAAACCCUUAAACCCCUUAACGCCAUGAAGUCCCUUCUCAACCCAAAGUUUUCCGCUUUUUCUUCCAAAGCCUCUCCUUUUCCUCUCUUUUCACUACCUUCUCAACCCACGCUUCGAUUUUCUUUCCGCAGCAGCUCACGUCGAAUUCCUAAUCGUCUUCUCCGCCUCAACCCACCUCCCUUUUCGUCCAAUAAUUUCACUUGCACCAAUCAAAACCGAAGCUUGCAAACAGAGCCCUCGCCACCUUCCUCCGGUGAGAUCCACGUCAUAGUGGGGCCCAUGUUCGCUGGAAAAACCACCUCGCUCCUCCGUCGGAUUCAAUUGGAAACUGCCAACGGCAGAAAUGUAGCAGUAAUUAAAUCAAGCAAGGAUACAAGAUAUGGAUUAGACUCAAUUGUUACACAUGAUGGUGCUAAAUUACCUUGUUGGGCACUGGCAAACUUAUCAUCAUUCAAGCAGAAAUUUGGAAUUGAUGCUUAUGAGAAGCUAGAUGUGAUUGGUAUCGAUGAAGCGCAAUUCUUCGAUGAUCUUUAUGAAUUCUGCCGUCAAGCUGCUGAUGAUGAUGGAAAAACAGUAAUAGUUUCAGGAUUAGAUGGGAACUACAUGAGGAGGAGUUUUGGUUCUGUUAUUGAUAUUAUUCCCCUUGCUGAUUCUGUAACCAAGUUAACUGCUACAUGUGAAAUAUGUAAAAGGCCUGCUUCCUUUACCCUGAGGAAGACACAGGAUAAACAGAUUGAAUUGAUUGGUGGAGUUGAUGUCUACAUGCCAGUGUGUCGACAGCACUAUGUCAGUGGACAGGUUGCCGUGGAAGCUGCAAGACAUGUCCUUCAAUCCCACAAGCUUGAAUGCGGCUCCUAUACAUAACUUGGUCUACAUUUCUUAGUAUUUGGGUGUCUCCCAUUAUUGUGUCAUAUUUACAUUGUAAGGAACUAUCGAGUAGGUUAGGUUAUUUUUCAUCUUUAAUGGAAAGCUGGUUUUGUUUUUUCUUAUCUCAUGAACCUGGAUAAUCAGGUCAAAGAAGGCAGACUGCGGGUAGUAUAUAAAUAUAGUUUUCUGAAAAUCUCA